CUUUGUUAAUAAUUUUGUUAGUGUAUUGAAGGUGAAAAGUUUUGUGGAUGGCAAGUCUUUACAACUAAGAAAAAGUUAUUGUAAUAUGCACCAUGGAAAACUACAACGAAAGCCUCGAGUUGAACAAUUCAGAGCCAUACCAACCUUACUACGAAAGACCAGAGACAUACAUAGUACCACUUAUAUUUGCACUGAUCUUUGUUAUAGGAGUAGUCGGUAAUGGGACUCUAGUUGCUGUGUUUAUAAGACACAAAGCGAUGAGGAAUGUUCCAAACACGUAUAUUUUAUCACUAGCGUUAGCUGAUCUCCUGGUAAUCAUCACUUGUGUGCCCUUCACAUCAAUUGUGUACACGCUGGAGUCUUGGCCGUGGGGUUCCACUGUUUGUCGUGUCUCUGAAGCCGCUAAAGACGUCAGCAUCGGAGUCUCCGUGUUCACAUUGACAGCGUUAUCCGCGGAUAGAUAUUUCGCUAUUGUAGAUCCAUUGAGGAAACUUCACGCUACAGGUGGCAGUAAGCGUGCGACGCGCCUCACCGUGGCGACUGCCAUCGGUAUUUGGAUACUGGCUGCAGUCCUCGCUGCCCCUGCCUACAUUGGAUCUUAUCUGAGAGCUUUUGUUGUCAACCCUACUACUCAGUUCUUAGUUUGCUAUCCGUACCCACCGGAAUGGGGAGAAAGUUACCCCAAAACGAUGGUGCUUGUACGCUUCCUGGUGUACUACUCCUUACCUCUAGCUGUUAUCGCAUUAUUUUACAUUUUGAUGGCACGCCAUCUAGUGCUCAGUACGCAAAACAUGCCCGGUGAAAUGCAGGGGACACAAAGACAGAUGCGCGCUCGCCGAAAGGUGGCGUUAACAGUACUGGCGUUUGUCCUAGUGUUCGCUGCGUGUUUUCUCCCAUCUCAUGUUUUUAUGAUGUGGUUUUAUUAUUGUCCGACAGCGCAAGAUGACUAUAACGGUUGGUGGCAUGCUCUACGGAUUGUAGGAUUCUGCCUAUCCUUUUUGAACAGCUGCGUCAAUCCAAUCGCAUUGUACUGUACUAGCGGCAUCUUUAGGAAACAUUUUAAUAGGUAUCUUCUAUGUCGUUCUGGAUCCACUCACGGUCCAAGAGGAUCGUUGUCUCUAUCAACUUCUAGAAGAUUACACUCCAGUAGGAAGACAAAUAUAAGCAUGGUGCCUACACGAACAACCAGCGUUGGUCGUGAGAGCAGCAUUCGUCUCCUAAACAACGGUUCAUCGAAGCUCUGAGGAAGGAACCGAGGCUCGCGUAGCGCGGCCAACAACAACACUGAACGAACCAAAGAGAACUAUAGCAAGUGUCUUGUGUACAAAGCCGACAGUACUGCACCAUUCCCUAAGUGUUGCGAGACAGAGAACGGCGUCAAACAUGUCGAAACUAGAUUAGACGGAAAAGAUGUUAGCACGGAAAGUUUCUAUGUACCAAUCGAUGGGACAUAUCGUUGAUUUGGCUUGUUCACGGGAAUUCCUCAGUACAUCCCUUACUC